AUGCUGGCUUUACCAGCCGUAGUUCUUAUCUUUUCCGCUGCCUUCGUGAUUUCCGAUGCUGCCAAGAUACAAAGCAUUUAUCCGGCACGUGGAUCGACCGAAGGUGGAACCUUCUUGGUGAUCUCAGGUUCAGGCUUUAUGAUGCCUGUGGAGGCGAAUCCUUGGGAUUCACAAGUCGUGUACGUUGGCUCUAAAAUUUGCAACAUCCACGCGCAUUACACUUCAUCAACACAGAUUGUUUGUCAGACAACUCCACAUGACGUAGUAGCUGAAAGCUCUGAGUCACUCACUGUCAGUGUACAGAUGUUUGGCGGCCUGGGCUUGGCCGGCUAUGUUUCAAAAAGCAGUGCGUUUCAGUACCACUGGUACGACACACCAUUGUUCUACUGGUCUGAUGGAUGGGCCGGUACUGGAGGAGACAUCGUGGCAUUUCAAGGAGAUGUAUAUCCUGGUGCCAGUGUGACCGGACAGUUUGACAUCCGCAUUGGUGGUGCUCGAUGCAUUACAAACCAAGAGACCAUGCCCCUGAGCUCGCGGCGACGUGGCUCUUUGAAGCAAGUCCGCUGCCAACUUCCGGAUGAUGAGUUGCUACCAUCUGGCCACUACAACGUCACCGUUGCAGUGGGUAGCUUGGAUCGUGAAGAUGGAGACUGCCCCAAUGCCUUGUGCUUUCCAUACACGGAAGAGCAGGCGGGCACUCGGUAUGGCUAUGGCAUGGCUGCCAUCGUUCCACCCGUGACGCAUGAUUCCAUUGGAAAAUUGAAGAGGGUGUGGGGUGGAAAUAUGGAUCUGGAGACUGGACAGUUGUACCACUACACGAUUUACCCCCAGGUGACCUCCAUCGAGCCAACGGAGGGUGGAUGGUAUGGUGGCAACAACCUGACGCUUCAUGGAACUUCGUUUGCUGUGGAGUUGUACGCCAAUGCCGUCACAGUGGGCGGCCAACCCUGUGAAGUGCUUGAGGCUUCAUUGAACAAGCUCGUGUGUCGAGUGGGGAGCUGGCAGGGUGCCGCUCGCAAAGGCCAUUCCAUGCGCGGGCUGAGGAACGCCGGAUACUCCAGCCGGCGACGAUUGUCCUACGGCAUUUCGUCCGUGCCUGCUGAAGAGGCUCGAGAGUUGUUGUACCAGAACUUUUACAAGGGCAGCUUGGAUGCCUUGGACUCGGAGUUUCCCGGCGAUAUGGAUACCUUGGGUGACCACCGGAUGCGGGAACUCACCGGCUAUUUCGUGCCUCCGUUGACUGCCAGCUAUUCGUUCUACAUCUGUGGGGAUGACCAGAGCUCCAUCGAGAUCGGGAGCACACAAGGUGCACCCAAUGAAACGCUUCAGAUCGUGGCCAGCCACGACACCUGGGUGACCAGCGGGGAGUACGCUCAUACGAACCCCCAUUGCUGGUACUAUCGUGAAGACCUUCAAAGCCUACCUGAUUUAUCAGGACCCACCAAGAAGGUCUCCGAACCCCUUUUCCUGCAAGCAGGGAUGCGAUAUCCCUUCCGCUUGAGGAACAUCGGCUACGGAGGAUGGAAUUGGUUCCGGACUGGCAUCAAGGUGGCUGGACUCAACUCGGCUGUGACGGCAGAGGGAAGCACACUGUCCUCAAACCAGGUGCAACAUAUGACGGCGGUGUUCCCCUCCAUGGAAGUUCAGGCCAUUCGUCUUCGGGCAGAUGGAGUCCUUCGAGAGAAGCAUUACAUCGAGAUCGCGGAUGUCACGCAGCCGGGUAGCUUCCGGAUCCGUAUGACUGCGCAAAGGGGCCAGGAAGCUAGCAUGUCCUUCUCCAAUGCCGUGGAUCCAGGAACCAUCAGGGACGGUGUUCAAGAUGCCAAUGUCAUCAUAGCUGGUGAGGAGCCUUACAGGCUCCAUGCUUGCCGAAGCGUGAGCGUUGAGACCACCGAGACUGGUACUGCACGCCGCUUCACACUCACUUUCAAUUGCCCUUUGGAGGUUGACACCACCAAGUGGCUUUCGAUUGAGAUCGUCAGUGCCGGAAUGGGUGCGGCAACGGCUGGUUUGCUGCAACAGGCCAGUGCGCCCUUGUCUGGCACCUUCAUUGUGGGCCACACGGGCACUUGGAGUGCUCCAAUUGAGGCGCGGCAAUCGACCACCAGCUGGACCUAUUUGACCGAGCAGAUUUCCAGCCUCAGGCGAACCGUCGAUGCGGAUGGUCAAUUGGAGUUGGAGUGCUGGAGGCAUCCAGAUGGAUGGGCCAACGGCGAGGCGUUCCAGGUGCUCGUGCGCUUCCGCCGGCCCCUGGGAGACGUGGCCUUGCUGGAAGUCAACGGCACAGACACGAUGAUGGGCACCGGCUUCACCCUGGAGGUCUACCCGGUGGAGGAUGGGGAUUCCAAUGCCAUCUUCCUGGAACGGGUGCCUGCAGAUCUCUUUGAGGUGCCAGAUCCAAGUGAUGCAGAUGUUCAGCCCGUCCGCGUGGUGUCAAAUGGAGUCGUUGGUGGAAUAGGCGGCAGCAACGUUUUAGGUUACAAGUACUCCAUCAGCAUGGUCCCCGUUCUUCUCAGCGCCACGCCCACCGUCGUGGAUGCGAAUGGCACGGUGACCUUGGUGGUAAGCAACAUCACAGCCUAUGAUGCGAACAACGCAAAUUGGACACAGGACCUUCAAGUUGUGCUCGGCGAUGGCGCUGGAUUUUGUCAGGACUUCCAAGAAGUCUCGGCACAUGCCACUGGCAUCACGAUCACUUGCAUGCUGGCAAAUGUUCCAGCGGGCGAGUACUAUGUGCACCUGGUGUCCAUCACUCAGGGCCAAGCUGAUCCAUCUCAGGCUCCAUUGAUUACCGUGGAUGCCGUGGUGGACGCAGUCACUCCAGACAUGGGCUCUUUAGCUGGUGGCAGCGUCUUGGCGCUCUUUGGUGUGGGUCUGCGGGGGCUGAACUGUUCAAAUGUGCUUGUCGCGGGUGUCGCCUGCACAGAACCUGCAGCCAGCAGGAUUGAGGUCAUGAGCAGUGGGAGCUUGGUGUGCCUUACUCCGCCCAUGGAUGGCUUUAAUCCUGACGAUCAGAACAACUGGCCUUCAACCACGCCAGCUGAGAUCACUCUCACAAAGCCAGCAGAUCGUGCAUCUGUCGUACGAGCAACCUUCACGUAUGCAUCCAGCUACACACCCUUGUUGGAAAUGCUUUCUCCAUCCUUCUACUCAUCUGCCCUAAGCACCACCAUUUUGAUCAACGGAAGUGGCCUGGCCUCUGCCAGUGGCGAGACGGCACUUCCCAUCGUUCAGUUUGGCGAGCGCAUGGGCUCUGUGACGUCCCAGGAGGAUUGGUCCCUGCACGUCUUCCUCCAGCGAGCAGCACCCACGCCGCCACUGGAGGCGGUCACCGUGCCUUUGGCCUGGAUCCCGGGCAAAGGCUUCGCGGCGGUGCUGCAGUCGGUGACCUUCGAGUCGCGCUUCGAGGUGACCGAGGUGUUGCCCGCGAUCGCCUCGAAGGCAGGUGGCGUGGUGGUGUUCCUCACUGGGGCUGGAUUUCACCCCUGGUCCGCUGCCAAACACCUUAUCAACUUUGAGCUCGAGGAUGGCACGAGCCGCCCCUGCGAGGUGAUGAAUGGCAAUGAGACUCACUUGAGUUGUCGUCUCAAAGGUGGUGCGAAGCCCGAGAAGUUGCCCGAGACCCUCUAUGGCGACGACACCUUCAUGCGUCGUCUGUCCGGCGACGCUUCCGGCCCGCCCACGGCGUCCACGGCGUCGAAGCCUCAGCUUCGCUGCCAUGCUGGAGCGGAUGACCAUUCGAAGGUGCGCUGCUUCGCCCAAGCGAUGGCCCGCGCCGGCAGCCUCCGGUCGCUGCCCUCGGACACCGCCGGAGGGCGGACGGGCGAGAUGCUGGAGUGGAUUCGACGCGCCGAACUGGAAGGUGGCGGCAAACCAAUGGUGGAUGUGGUGUAUGACAUUGACGACACGACGGAGGAUGCGCCAGUUCUUGGCCCUGAAACACAAGAUGGUGAGCCGGCGAGGCGCUUGCAGGAGGAGGAUGUGACGGAUGCGGAGACGGGCUUGGCUGGUCUUCCACGCUGGGGUGUGGCCAGUGACGAGGCGGAGGACUUCCGCUUGAUGCACAUGCGGACAAAGCACUUCCAUGGCAAGGAGUUCGAGCGGAGCUCGGAGCCGAGCUCCGUGCUCCUCCAGGAGCCCGGCUGGACAGAGGUGGAGGACUUCGGCGCGGAGGAUGAUUCCGAUGGACACAGCUUGGGUCGAAGCUUGGCGUAUGACAACAGCAGCGACAGCAGUGAAAUUGGGCCUCCCGAGAUCCUCACUUUGGCUCUGAGUCUGAACGGCGUGGUGCCCACGUGUCGAGCCCUGGAGGGUUGUGGAUUGAAUUUAACCGAUGCCGCCACGCCGGUGGUGAAGCGGGUGACUCCCAGGAACGGCUCAUACGCUGAUGGCAUCAAUGUGGUGAUCACACUUUCAAUGAUGGACAAGCCGGAGCAAGUGCAGAUCUUUUUUGGACCCUUCGAGUGUCCCAACCCCGUGGUGUCCCAAUCCGGAGGCGAUUGGACCAUCACCGUGCCACUCUGCUCCUUUGAGGCCUCCAAGACGCCCGUCUAUGUCUUGACGAGUAGCGGCUAUGCAGUUGGGGCGUCUCCGAUCACCGGCGCUGGCUUUUACUUUGAACAGCUCUUGAGGCUGUCCAGCAUCGUGGCCAGCAGUGGCUCGUUCUAUGGAGGCACUUUGGUGGCCAUUCGCGGUGCCGGCUUGGGCCCUAGCCUCGGCAUGAACUAUGCCACGGUGGGCGGGACACCAUGUGAAGUGGCCAGUGCCUCCAAUGAUGAGGUUCAGUGCUACACCCCUGCAGCACCCUCAGAAUUGGCCAAUGCCAAUGAAUCCACCCGCACUUUGGAGGUCAAAGUUCAUGUGAUGUCCGCCGAGGUCGCGACCAAAGCGGGCUUGGUGGCCGAGUAUUUCUUCUUCACCCAAGGAAGGACUUUGCCGAACCUGGAUUCGCGCGUUCCAGAUUUGCGCCGGAUCGAGGCGAAUGUGGACUACCCAGCCACCUCGAGUGCAUGGCACAACGGCAUGUCGGUGGUCGACAACUUUGCCGUGAGGUGGACAGGCUAUGUGACCGUCACCAGCAGCGGUAGCUAUACCUUCUUUUUGGGCUCCGAUGACGGGAGCAAACUUUAUCUCAAUGGUGCCAUGGUCAUUGACAAUGACGGAGCUCAUGGCUUCGAAACUCGAACAAGCUUACCUCUCCAGCUAUCCCCGGGGCCACAUCGGCUGACCCUCCUCUUCUACGAAGGCGUUGGAUCCAGUGGUGUUCGACUGCAGUACCGUGGCCCAGAUACGGGUGGUUCCGUCAUCACGGUGCCAAGCUCUGUUCUGUCUCAUGGAGAGUACGCCGAGGUGCCCACUCUUUCCUACACCUACAAUGAGCCAUCUGCGUCUCCGACGAUUGAGAACUUGACGGAGACGGGACGCGAACUGGAGCUCUUGGGGACGUUGUUUGGUUCCUCGGGGAUGGUGACACUCGGCACCGCCAGCAAUCCCAACACCAACUUCCACUGUGUGGCCUCCAUCUGGACGGAUACUCGAAUCGUGUGCGAGCGGCCCGAUCUUCCUUCCGGGGCAUGGCAAGUGCGCGUGUACUCGGACACUGAUGGCUGGUCGAAUCCAGCUCCUGUGCUCAUUUGGGUAGACUUGACCAUCUCUUCUGUGGAGUCUAAUGGCAUCAAUGUCUCAGCAACGCGCACGGAGCACCCUUGGAUCUUGGUGAUGAAACUCUCCCAAGGAGGGGUUCUGGGCUACAACUCGCAGCUGUGGACCAACACGGACUUGCUGAACCCGGAGUCUCCCGAGGAUCGUCCCGACAAUGCCAAGUACCAGGCCUAUUUGGAUGUGCCAUUUCGAAGGCUUCGUGCUUGUGUUGGAAGUUCUCAUGGGCAAUGCAUCUAUCACAGCUUUGAGAGUCCUUGGAGCAGCGCUUUGGCUCUCUUCUCUGCAGGCUAUGUGAGGGACACGUCCGUUGAUCAGGCUGGAAUGGUCCAAGCAUUUGGGGCCACACCCGGGUCUUAUCGGACCUGUCCAAUGAUGAAACCAGGCUUCAACCUGGAAUGCGCCGCGAACAACCGUGCUCGCUGGGGCUUUUGCGCCAAUUGCCCUAGCCAGCGGUGCCAUGAGGAGGGUGAGGAUGCGGAUGCUGCGGUGGGCAUUGGUUUGACCGGACAAUCCUCCGACCCGGUUGGAGCUGGUUGGACCUCCUACUUCGCCAGUGGCGGUGGGACCUGCGAAGCCUCGAGCACCACUCACCGAGAUGUCUGGCUUUGGGUGGAGAACAUGAACAUCACCGACGGAGGUGUGGAAGGCUCGCUCUACAGUGGCUACGGUGGAGGGGUGACCGUGGCGCUCCAGGGCGCCGGCUUCGGCUUCGAGGCCUCGCAGACGCGGGUCACCGUGUGUGGAGAGCCUUGCGAGGUGUCCACGAGCGACGGAAGCAGCGUCAAGUGUACAGCACCUUCAAUGACAGAUCAGGAGCUCAUUGAUACCUUUCCAGAGUCCUUCCCAUCGAUUGAUCUGGCCACAGUGGCCUCGAAAUUUUACACCGAUCGCGGGGAGUUUGAAUCACAACUCUCUGAACUGGCCUUCACGUCCUCCAUCGACCAGCAAAUCGAUAUGUCAAUGGGUCUUGGAACAAGAAGCAGCGACUGCUGGUUUGGCUUUGAGCUUCCCCCAAGCAAGGAAGCAUUCUUGACGGCCGUGGACUUUUUUCCCCCGACGGAUCCUAAUCGGCGAGCCAAGGUGGCCGAGACCGUCUUCGAGGUCCGGAGCUUCUCGGGGAAUUUGACGUGGACGGAGGUCGCCAGCGUGCGCGACACCACGAUCACGGGGUCCACCAUUGCGCAAGGUUGGACCUCCUUCCCAAUCGUGGGCGCUGGGCCCAAUGGAAGCGCUGUUGCGCAAGCCUUUCGCGUCCGAAUUUUACCGGAUGCGUGCCGAUCCUCAGGGGAGAUCAUGCGCGGCGUGCGGUUCAGAGGCAUUUUGCUGAACAAGGGGAACACCAAUGCUUGCCCCAUUGAGGUCGACAGCGUUUCACACCCGUUGGCUUCUGCCAUUGGUGGCUCAGCCUUGCUGCCGGUCGUGUUGUCCUACAGCGUCGAGCGGACGCCGGUGGUGGCAUACCUGACGCCCAACCGGGGCACGGCACGGGGAGACACCUUGGUGACACUGCUGGGACAGGGGCUGGAACCCUUGGACUCACAAGGAAGUGCCACGAGUGUGUCGAGUGACAAUGCGCAAAUCACCUUCAACCAGUAUCCUUGUCGUCCGGACAGUGCCAACAGCACGGCUUUGAGCUGCUACACCACGGAACGCAAUGCGGGCAUUUUCGCUCCUUUCACGCAGGUCUUCCUUGGGGGUAGGGGUUAUGCGAUCAUCUCCCUGGCAGCAGAAGACACCGUGUUUAGGUACGUGGACAAGUGGAGUAACAUCUACAGUUGGCAAGAUUCCGAACCGCCUGUGGAUGGCGAUUCAGUGGUGGUUCCUGAGGGCCAAGCGAUCAUGCUCGAUGUGGACUCGCCCAAGCUCUUCUUGCUCCUAAUCUCUGGCUACUUCGAAUUUGACCGGAAGGAUUUGCAAUUGGACUCCACCUACAUCUGGAUCGCUGGUGGAAACUUUUAUGUGGGCUCCGAGGCGGCUCCGUUCUUGCAUCAGGCGACCAUCACCUUGCAUGGUGACCGUUGGCACACCAUCGAGCUGCCAGUGAUUGGCUCCAAGAUGUUAGCCGUGACAGACCUGGGAGGACUAGGUACCUGUGCCCAUCUGUAUGACCGGAAUGUGCGGCUCUCUCAGACUGGAAAGCACUACGUGGACCCCUGCCCGGUGAAGCUGGUGGGUCGCCUGGAGCUCCAUGGGCGCCCGGGCAUCAGUUGGACGCGCCUGGUGGAGACCGCGCCGGCCGGAGCGGACCUCUUGAAGCUCGAGGAGGCCGUGGACUGGGAGAUCGGCACCGAGGUGGUCAUCACGCCCUCCGAGCGCCACGCUGAAGAGGUCCGUAAGGUGCUGAGCCUUGAGGACAACGGCUUCACGCUCCGUUUGGACGAGCCUUUGAGGCAUGAGCACCUGGGCACUUGGUACUACAAUGAUGAGAUUCCAACCCCCACGGACCUUCGUGCAGCUGUUGGAAGGCUCAAUCGCAACGUCAAGGUGCAAGGUGAUGAGAAGUCACUCUCCGCCGGAAACUCCUUUAUGUUUGGCGUUCACAUCGGCGCCUUCCACGGCGGCAUCAUGCGGAUUGAGAACACAGAGAUCACUCGCAGCGGUCAGGCCGCCAAUUUUGGCCGCUAUUCCUCGCAUUGGCACGUGCUCUCACCACAUCGAACCGUGGAUGUGGCUGAUGUUGCCUUCCUUCGGAACAACAGCUAUCACGAUACCUUCCAGCGUGCUGUGGUGGUGCAUUCCACAGACUUCGCCGUGGUGCGAGACAACGUGGCCCUGAAAACCAAAGGCCAUUCCUUCUUCACGGAGGCGGGCGAUGAAGUCUUCACGCUCUACGAGCACAAUCUGGCCGUCCAUCCACUUCAGCAUCCGUUGCUCUUGGAUGACGACAUGGACCCGGAGACGGGCACUCAGCACCAGACUGGAGACGAACUGAAGCUGAGAAGCCGUCUCAGCCCGGAUGCGAAGCACAACCCAGAUGCGCCAGCACACACAGCACAAAGAUUGGAGGCACCUGCAAUGAUGAGACACCGCUUCCGCGCGGGCGAGGUGAUGAGAGGCCUGGGGAUUCCCAUCCGCUUCGGACUGGACAGACCGACCAGCGUUCCGUGGUUUUGGGGCGACGCAGCUCGACAAGGUGUCCUAGAUUUUCUUCUACAAGGUGGAAGGCACGUGGAUACGGCGCAACUCUACGGCAACCAUAGAGAAGUGGGCGAAGGAGUGCGGCUUGCCAUCGAACAAGGAGUGCCAAGAGAGGAGAUCUUCCUGACGACCAAGAUUUGGCCUGACGAGUUUGGAUUUGAAAAGGCUAUGGCCUGGGCUCCACAGAUGCUUGAUGAACUUGGGCUGGAGUAUGUAGAUCUGGUGCUGUUGCACAUGGCCAGUGCUGACGACAAGGACUGUGGAACACCAAAGCAGUGUCGCCAAGAGACCUGGCUCGCGUUGCAAAGAUUCCAUCGCAAGGGCAAGAUCCGGUCACUUGGAGUUAGCAAUUUUGGCCCUCGACAGAUGCAGGAGCUUUUCGACUUGGGCGGAGUACCAGUCUCAGUGAACCAGUUGGAGUACCAUCCUUGGGUGCCCAGCAUCCAUCGAGAAACGGUGGCCUGGUGCCACAGGAGGGGUGUGGUGGUUACAGCUUAUGGCUCCAUGGGUAGCAAUGCAUACGCCUCGCAGAUCACUACACAGGAGGCGCUGAAGCAGAUGGGAGAAUGGCAUGGCAAGAGCGCAGGACAGAUACUGCUGCGUUGGGCAGUGCAGCAGAACGUGAGCGUCAUUCCGGGCACCUCAAAUCCGAAGCAUCAGGUUGAAAACCUGGCGAUCUUCGAUUUUGAGCUUGGAAGCCAAGAGAUGGAGUUGUUGAACCACAUUCCUGAGAGUGAUCACAUGCUGUAUUUUGGUCAUACACCAGACCAAUUUCAGUGA